GACCCGCGAGCGCAGGGCCUGCGUUCGCCGAGGGGAGAACGCCGGUGACUCGGACUCCUGGGGACCAGAGCGCCAUGUCUUUCCGCGACCUCCGCAAUUUCACAGAGAUGAUGAGAGCCCUGGGAUACCCACGACACAUUUCUAUGGAGAAUUUCCGCACACCCAAUUUUGGACUUGUGUCUGAAGUGCUCCUCUGGCUUGUGAAAAGGUAUGAGCCUCAGACUGACAUUCCUUCUGAUGUUGACACUGAACAAGACCGAGUUUUCUUCAUUAAGGCAAUUGCUCAGUUCAUGGCCACAAAAGCGCAUAUAAAACUUAAUACUAAGAAACUUUACCAAGCUGAUGGGUAUGCAGUGAAAGAGCUGUUGAAGAUCACGUCUGUCCUUUACAAUGCUAUGAAGACCAAAGGAAUGGAGGGCUCCAAAGUAGGGGAGGAGGAUAUCGGCAAAUUCAAGUUUGAUCUCAGCUCCAAGAUUGCAGAUUUGAAAGCAGCCAGGCAGCUCGCUUCUGAAAUUACCGCCAAAGGAGCAACUCUGUAUGACUUGCUGGGGAAAGAGGUCGAGUUGAGGGAACUGAGAACAGAAGCCAUUGCCAGACCUCUGGAAAUAAAUGAGACCGAAAAAGUGAUGAGAGUUGCAAUAAAGGAGAUUUUGGCACAGGUUCAGAAGACGAAGGACCUGCUCAAUAAUGUGGCCUCUGAUGAAGCUAACUUAGAAGCCAAAAUUGAAAAGAGAAAAGUAGACCUGGAAAGAAAUCGGAAGCGACUCCAGACUCUGCAGAGUGUCAGGCCUGCCUUUAUGGAUGAGUAUGAGAAGAUUGAGGAAGAGUUGCAAAAGCAUUAUGACAUUUAUCUAGAGAAGUUUCGAAAUUUAGCUUAUCUGGAACAGCAACUUGAGGAUCAUCAUAGGAUGGAGCAGGAGAGGUUUGAAGAAGCUGAAAAUACUCUCCGUCUGAUGCAGAACAAGCUAAAGGAAGAGGAGAAGCGGCUGCUCAAGAGUGGAAGUAAUGAUGACUCAGACAUAGACAUCCAGGAGGACGAUGAAUCGACAGUAGUUGGAGAGCGGCGGUUGUCCAAGCCACGGACAGCCAUGGAGGUGCUCAUGCAAGGAAGACCCAGCAAACGCGUCGUGGGCACAAUGCAAGGUGGAGACUCUGAUGAUGAUGAAGACUCAGAGGACAGUGAAAUUGACUUGGAAGAUGAUGAAGAAGACGACGAUUUGGAAGAUGAAAGUAUUGCUCUCUCACCAGCUAAGCCCAGUCGAAGGGUCAGGAAACCUGAGCCCCUGGAUGAGAGUGACAAUGACUUCUGACCCUCUUGCCAAGGGACCGAGGCAGAUUAAGAGCCUCAUAUUUGUAGGUAAAUAGGAAAUUAGAAGAUUGGGAAGGUAACAUGUAUUUUGUUCCCUAUGCCAUUGUUCCUGAGCAGAUUUCUUUGUGCUUUACCUUGCUGUGUUUGUAUUCUACAAAGCCUAAAUAAGAACUGAA